AUGAAGUUCACCAUUGCCUCCGUUCUGUUGGCUGCCUCGGCCCUUGCCGCCCCUGCCAAUGUUCAGCGAAGCAACACUCUUCAGAUCAGUGACUUCCGCGCCUCGAACAGCAUCAUCAACUCAGCUAGCAUGCACUUUGUCGUAACCGACGCCAACUACCCUGACGACACACCCACCGAAUGCAAUCUUCUCUGGACCUACGGAAACUCUCCUGAGCAACGCGCACGCUGCAACAACAACCAGUACUACAUCCGGUUCCCCGAUGGCCCGGUGGACUACAACCUUUUCACACUCGAGUUGGAGAGAGUAUCUGGUCCAAUUGCCGAGAAGGGGCAGGCAAAGCUCAGCUCAAAGACUUUCCCAUGGAAGUGCGUGAAGGACCCCAAGGAGGGCAUCACUAUCCAAUGCAAUUAUGACGGCGUUCUCAACAUGGAAGUCUAG